AUGUGUGAGACACACGGAUACAAAUAAAGAACAUGCACCCAUACCCACUCACACAUACAAGUAAGGAACAGACAGUCCAUAAAAGCGAGUGAGAUACCGAAUGGUAAAAUACCAUAGGUGAAGGGUACAGCAGUCAGUGUAGAAAGUGCUGUUUGAAGUGUUGUAGUAGUGCUCAGUUACCAAGGAUAAGCAGCAACAUGAGAGCGUUUCUUUGGGCCGCCGUUUCCGCCGCCGUCAUCGCCCUGGUGCAUGGAGGUGUCCUGGUCGAGGACGCUCCAGCGUGUCCCGAGCAGCACGGAAUCCAGGCGUACGCCCAUCCCGAAUCCUGCAACCUGUUCUUCCUCUGCACGAACGGCACCCUGACCGUCGAGCAGUGCGAAAACGGUUUGCUCUUCGACGGUAAAGGAGCCGUCUACAAUCAUUGCAAUUACCAUUGGGCCGUCGAUUGCGGUCAACGUAAAGCCGAUCUGACACCUAUCAGCACCCACGGAUGCGAAUACCAAUUCGGAAUUUACCCCCACAGCGACGAAUGCUCCACCCAUUACAUCAAGUGCGGCCAUGGCGAACCUCAUGCCGAAGAAUGCGAACCAGGUCUCGUCUACGAUGACAGGAUCCACGGAUGCAACUGGCCCGAUCUCCUCCUCGAGAAGUGCAACCCAGAAGCUGUCGUCGGAUUCAAGUGCCCAACUAAGGUACCAUCCAACACCAUCGCCGCCAAAUUCUGGCCGUUCCCCAGAUUCGCCGUCCCCGGAGAUUGCCACCGUCUCAUCACCUGCGUCAACGGACAUCCACGUCUGAUCACCUGCGGUGAAGGAAAAGUCUUCGACGAGACCAACCUCACCUGCGAGGAUCCGGAGCUCGUUCCCCAUUGCGCCAAUCGUCUUUAAAUUUUGGAAGAAAAAUACGUUUCAUUAGGCCUGUUCGAACCAUCGAAAUUAACCAGACAACUCAAAAAAAAUAAUAAUGUAAAACUUGCGCGAACAACAUCCACAAAAAUAUAUAUAUUUUUCUA